GCAACGACGUUGCUCGCCACAUUCUUGCUCAGUGGCUAGCUAAAACUAACAGUGUAACCUCCGUCUGCGAUCAAGCACUGAAUCUGUAUCUGUCCAUACCCGGUCCAGACGAGGUUCAGGUUGUUAAUACGGUACCGGUUCUGACCCGCGGGACCUGCACUGACCGCAGAGGCCACUGUUAGCUCGUCGUUAGCAUCAGGGGCUAGUUUAGCUUUAGCUCCGCUGCAGCAGAAUCAAAACAAACUGAAGCUAACGGCGGCUAGCAGCCAGCGAGCAAGACAACAUGGCGACGGAGGAGAAGAAACCAGAGACAGAAAACACCAAACAGCCUUCAGCGUCCUCGGGCUCCGGCAGCAAGUCUAACCCGGCAAAACCAAACUACACAGUGAAGUUCACACUGGCCGGACACACAAAGGCUGUUUCCUCCGUCAAGUUCAGCCCCAACGGAGAGUGGCUCGCCAGCUCCUCCGCUGACAAGCUGAUAAAGAUCUGGGGAGCAUAUGACGGAAAGUUUGAGAAAUCCAUCGUGGGACACAAACUGGGGAUCUCUGAUGUCUCCUGGUCUUCAGACUCCAACCUGCUGGUCUCCGCCUCUGACGACAAAACACUCAAGAUCUGGGACAACAACUCUGGGAAGUGUCUGAAGACUCUGAAGGGUCACAGUAACUACGUGUUCUGCUGUAACUUCAACCCUCAGUCUAACCUGGUGGUGUCAGGAUCGUUUGAUGAGAGCGUUCGCAUCUGGGACGUGAAAACAGGAAAAUGUUUGAAGACUCUGCCGGCUCACUCUGACCCCGUCUCUGCUGUGCACUUCAACAGAGACGGCUCACUCAUUGUCUCCAGCAGCUAUGACGGCCUCUGUCGUAUCUGGGACACAGCGUCAGGACAGUGUCUGAAGACACUGAUUGAUGACGACAAUCCUCCGGUGUCUUUUGUCAAGUUUUCUCCCAAUGGAAAAUACAUCCUGGCUGCAACUCUGGACAACACGUUGAAGCUCUGGGACUACAGCAAGGGAAAGUGUUUGAAGACGUACACCGGUCAUAAGAAUGAGAAGUACUGCAUCUUUGCCAACUUCUCUGUAACAGGAGGGAAGUGGAUCGUGUCUGGCUCUGAGGACAGCAUGGUUUACAUCUGGAACCUUCAGACCAAAGAGAUCGUGCAGAAACUACAAGGACACACAGACGUGGUGAUCUCCACCGCCUGUCAUCCAACAGAAAACAUCAUCGCCUCAGCUGCUCUGGAAAACGACAAGACCAUCAAACUGUGGAAGAGUGACUGUUAGACUGAAGCAGACCCAUUGAUCCAGAUCCACAUCCUGAACUGAACUGGUUUAACUUGGUGUGUGACAGUCACACACACAAACACACAUUCUGUGAGUAAGAUUCACACAAAGAGCCAGAACCGGGUCAGACCAGGUCCCAGUGUCCCAGCUCAGAGGUCAGAGGUCAGUGAAGUUAAAACUCCGGAUGUUUGUAUUAUGUUUAUUUAACCACAGGAAGUCCUCAGGUAGAGGGCGGAGCCUAUGUUUAGCUCACCUGGAGGGAGGAAGAGGCUUUUAUUUUUGAUUUCCUGUUUGAGUCUUUAAGAAGCUUGUGUUUACUGUUGCUGCUGUUUCCUGUUGCUUAAGAAGCAGUACUUCCUCCCUCCCUUUCACAUUAAAGGCCUUCUAGUAGUUUAGGGGACAGACUCAUUUCUCUUCUCAAAGAUUUUUAUUGUUUAAAAAAUCAUAGUUUUGAAUUUCUGUUUUUUAAGAUGUCGUUUACUUAUGGAUUUAUUUAUCCCAUCACAACCAAGAGAAAACUAACGAGGUAAUCAAUACUUCAGUAGAUUAAAAAAAUGGGUUUUUUUUAAACGCUUGUCCAAACAUAAUAAUCUUCAUAUGAUUCAGGUCAGUGUGUAAAGAUGCAGACAGAAAUCUACUGAGUGAACAACAGCCCCAAAUAGAGGUCACCCUGAUGACAUCACUGUUACAUCAUCAGACCUUUGACUCACAGACCAAGGUGGGAAAAAAGUGUAAUGGCCCUUGAAAAACAUUUGAUGUUACCUUAAUUAAUAACCUUCAAUUAAAAAAAUAAGUUAAUUAAAAAAAGUAAUUGAGAAAAUAUAUACAAUAAUAUGAUGUCAGAUUAAUGUUGCUAGGAAACCGUUUGACAGCUGGGACACACCUACUAGCCUCUGACUCGUCAGUUGCUGCAGUAACUGUGUGUUUGUGUGUAUGUGUUGUGUUCACUGACUUUCCGACCUAUAGGUACAUUUAACAAUAACAAACAGCAUCUUCGUCGUCAUCAUCGCCAUCACCUCUGUCAACUGACCGAUCAACCGAUCAAACAAAUGAUCAAUAUUGUUUGGAAGGAUUUUUUUCAGUUAUUUGUACAUAAAGAUUUUUGACAACAA